CUUGCAAAGAUGUUUCAGUCUUUCAUUUUCUCAGAGGAAUGUCUUCGGGCCGAUGGGAGUAGCUUUAAAAUUCUAUUUGCAUUUGCUUUCUUUACUAGCAUGGCUAGUUGUUUUGACAAAUUUCUAGAAUAGUAUUCUGCUCUUUGAAGCAAAAUUGUGGGUAUUUCCCACUGCAUGCUCAAUAUGCAGCCCUAGAAACCAGUCUUAACUGGAUAGAAACUAAAGAAAUCUGUGGAAAUUGACCGCGUGACUGUGGGGACUCCCCCUAUGUCAAUUUGCAUGUUAAACUUCCUCAAAUGUUCGUAUAUAAGAAGAACUUAUGCUGCAAUUCGCUAUUGGCGGCGAAAGAACCCAAGAUUAUCAGAGCAAGUCUAGAAGGAAAGCUUUAAAACGCAAACAUGGUUCAGGUAACUGAGAUUCAGUCGUGCUAUCGUAUGAUCAAACAGGAACACAAUCCUGACAGAGGGGGAAACCUCAUGAUGGCAGUUUUGCCUCAGACCGAAACUCAACAUGGUCUUCAAAUCGCAAUAAAGUUUAUUGGAAGCCACAGGAGUGCUCAAACAGAUUUUAAAAUUGACCGGCCUAAACCUGGAGCAAAUACCUUUAGUAUUGAGUUACAUGACAACCUUUAUUACUUGUGUGCAGAAAGGGACAAAGUGUUUCUACAGAAACUGGUCGCCCAGCAACCCAAUGAUGAAAAGUACUUGUUUGAAGUUAAAUAUGUAAAUGAAAGUAGUGGUUACAUGUCUAUUAAAUCAAAAAAUACUGGGAAGUACCUUGCUAGUGAUGACAGAGGAAAUGCAUUUAUGGAGGAAGUCAAGCAUUCUUCACUGUUUGAUGGCCAGCCAACAGACAGAAGAACAUGGUUUAAUCUGCUCUUUGUGGAAACAGUGAAAAGAGAAAGAGAAAGUACAUUACAUAGUUGUAACUUCGAUGACACAAGUCUUGAUUAUUCAGUCAGGUAUCAAACUCAAGUAGAAGCCUGUUAGGUAUUACUAAGUAGCAAUGUGAAAAUUAUUUACAAGAAUAAGCUAGGAGAAUUUUAAAAUUUUUUCAAUCUUGGAACGUUUUUGUACCAGGAGUUCAAAGAUACUGAUUUAGUUUUUUGAGCAGUGUAUAUUUGCUUAUUUUGUGGUUUACACUUUUGAUAAGUUUUUUACAUUUCAGAUGUAAUGAAGAAAAAAUUAGCUCAAGCUUUUUUUACUGUUAAAACAGUCCAGAAUAACUGUUAAGACUAAUUACAAUAAAAUAAUACAGUAUAUUUCAUAAAGUUUAAUAGUUAAGAGGCCUAUUCAUACUUAAAAGUAUUACAUAAUGUUUGCUAACAAAUACAACUUAAAAUGUUGUAACAAAUUGUAACUGGUACUUUACCCAGAAUAUACGUUUUACUCUAUGAGUAUAUUAAUUUAUAUCAAAAUCAUUUUUGUACACCAAAAUUUGUUGUGUACUCAUUUAAAUACACUCACUAGUGUGUAUGUUGUUAUUUACAAUGAUUUCAGAAUAAAAUAAUUCCAAGCUGGGUUUUUUUAAUAAUUUGUUAAAAGACUUGAAUGUAUUUCAAACUUCACUUUGAACUGUAGAAUCUUUACAAGCCCAAGUAGCAUAGAAUGCAGUCUUGGAUGUUGUUUAAUCAAAACAAAAGCAUUGACCAGGCCAUUAGACAGACAGUAAUUCUGAAUAAAAAAGGUAAAAGUUGUAAGGAGUCAUUGGGAACUCAGAGUAAAGACUUGAAACUGGUUGCAAGUCAGGGAAACAUAAGCAACCACGUGAGCUAAGUGUGUGCUAAUCAAUUUGAAGCUUCAACAUCCUCCUCCCCCACAGGUAUUCAACCAUUGUCUGCACCUGGGGGUUGGGGAAUUUUUUAACCUUGCUUGGGUGGGGUGAGGCAUUUGAACUUGAAGUGUCAAGUCUUUCCUCCUGUGUAAUACAAAGGUAUUAAUGGAGGAAUUUAAUGAGAAAGAGCGUUAACUUUCAUAGAUGGCUUAGAAAGAAAAUUUUCACAUUGUAGAAUGAUGCUUACAAGUGAAAAACCCAACAGCUCUACCAAGAACUAAUAUGUGAGUUUCCUAAGUUCUACAGCAUUCACACAAAGAAUUGUUCAAUAUUGGGUGAGGUCUUUGAAAGCAAUUUUGGCCGGGGGUGAGAGGGAGGUGGAAAAUUGAAGGUGCCAAUUUUCAAAAGCUCAAAUGCCAAUGGGGGUUGCUAGGUGGGGGAGGUGGAUGUUGAAGCUUCAGACUGAAUGCUGCAUUACCAGCCACUCAAACAAGUAGCAGAAAUCAGGGCUAAUGAUCAAAUCAAUAUUGGCUUUAGUUCAAUUUGAAGACUGAUUGGUUAAGAGGAGAGGGUAUUCUCUUCAUGAUCACUAUGUAUUGUAAAGCUAAACAAAAUGAAUGCAAUGCCAAGUUAGUUUUGACAUGUCGCUGAAAAAUUGCUUCAUAGUGAGACAUCAAGGUCUGUUUUAAGCAUUGCUUACAACCAAGCAAACAUUUAAAACAGAAACCUCACAGAGGCUGAUAAAACUUUUGCAAAUGGCAACUGUGUGACCAACAUAAUUUCGAACUGGUGAUUCGCUCAAGAUGUUGACGUUGAUUUCUGGUCAUGUCCCAAGAAUUACUUUUCAGGGAGGAGAGUGCCAAGGAGGAACAUCUGGACAAUCAUGCUAAAGGGUUUGAUUUCAUCUUGUGUUGUAUGAAAUUCAUGUUCAUUCAUACGUUGAAAGAAUUUAAAAAAAAGUGAAGGAAUCGAUAGUACGGACCAUUCGUUGUUGAUAUUAGGGGGGUGGGCAGGUUAAUAAUUAAGCAGUUCCAACUGAUUUUGUAAGUGAUUGGCAAAAAGAUGUUCAUAAAAAAUGUAAUCUGUAUUUUUCUUUUUGUCAUGUGGGGUUCGUGGGGGUUUGAUUUCCGCACAACAUGCGGUGAAGUCACAGACUUCCUUCGCUUUUCCUGCAAGGGGGUUUAAAAAUUUUCGUUUCGCUUUGCAACAGUUUUCCAAGCUCCUCCC